GCAGGAGGUCUGGGGUUGGUUCCAGGCGCCGCGUCCGGCCUCCGCCGGAACUCCUGGCCUGGGCGGUGACUGGGUGCGGUUCCGAGCGUCCGAAGGGCCAGGCCUCCGCGUUCCUGGACUGUAGGAGGCGGCGCGGGUGCGACGGGAGGGGCUGGGAAUGGUUCCUUAAUUUUUUUAGCGGCAUGAGGUUUGAACUCAAGGCCUCGCGCGUGCUAGGCACGCGCUCCACAGCUCGAGCCGCGCAUCCAGCCGGUUUUUUGCCUUAAUUAUUUUUCAGAUCCUUGACUCAGUGAAGCAGAGCCUUUGGGGUUAGCUGGAUGCCACAGCCCUGCCUCUUGAUGCAGUCUGAAUCCAGCGGGAGUGAGAAGGAGACCCCGUGCCUCUUGUGGGGUUUGGAUCCGGUGUUUCUAGCCUUUGCAAAACUCUACAUCAGGGAUAUCCUGGGCAUGAAGGAGUCCGGCCAAGUGCCAGGUAUAUUUUUUUAUAAUGGGCAUCCAAUAAAACAGGUAGAUAUCCUGGGAACUGUCAUUGGAGUGAAAGAAAGAGAUGCCUUCUACAGUUAUGGAGUGGAUGACAGCACUGGAGUUAUAAACUGCAUCUGCUGGAAAAAUCUGAGCAAUUCCGAGUCUUCAGCAGCUACAGCUGCUCCAAGUGCAGCAAGAGAGCUGAGCGUGACCUCACAGUUUAAGAAGCUGCAAGAAACCAUUGAGCAGAAAACUAAGAUAGAAAUUGGGGACAUUAUCCGAAUCAGAGGCUAUGUCCGCACGUACAGAGAAGAGCGAGAAAUUCAUGCCACCAUUUAUUAUAAAGUGGACGAUCCCGUGUGGAACACUCAAAUUGCAAGGAUGAUUGAGCUGCCUGCUCUCUACAGGAGAGUUUAUGACCAGCCCUUCUGCAGCCCAGCCCUAGAGAAGGAAGCAGCACUGAGCAGCAAUCCAGGCACUCUGGAUCUCACAGGUCUCACGUGUUUGCUGAGUGAAAAAAUCAAAGAAUUCCUCAUGGAAAAGAGAGUGCAAACCUUCUACCAGCAGGAGUUGGAAAUUGUGGAGUCCUUGCUGUCUCUAGCCAAUGAGCCUGUGAUUCACAACACCUGCUCCAACCAAGUGGAGUUUAGGAACGACACCACUUCCAAGGCAAUUCAUAGUAUAUUUAAGAGUGCUAUACACCUGCUGCAGGAAAAAGGACUCGUUUUCCAGAAAGAUGGUGGUUUUGAUAACCUGUACUAUGUAACCAGAGAAGACAAAGACCUACAGAGAAGGAUCUACCAGAUCAUUCAGGAAGAAUGCCAGAAGCCAAAUCACAUGGAGAAGGGUUGCCACUUCCUGCACGUCUUGGCCUGUGUACGCCUGAGUGCCCAUCCAGGCCUAAGCGAGGCUGUGCUGCGACAGGUGCUGGAGUUCCUAGAGGACCAGAGUGACAUCGUCAGUACCAUGGACCACUACUACACGGCCUUCUGAGCAGAGGUCCCCAGACAGCUGAGGGGCAGAAAGACAAAGUGGCGCUCACCCCUAUGCUGCAAUCCUAAAACUUGUGCAGGGGCAGUUACCUCACGAUAAACUUGGGGAGAAGGACUUGCUGCCUUCCACCUUCUGUAUCCUGGGCACAUGAUGACUGAUCUCAGCCAUGACCUAAGAAAACCUGUCUGUGUGCUUCCUGGCUGAACUGAGCGUCAUUCACAGGGGUGAGUUGGUGGCUUAGUCACUGUGCCUGUUCUUGGCAGGGGGGUGACAAGGCAAAGACCCCUGCACUGCAGGAACUGAAGCGCAUGUGGCCAGAUAACACAGUUCUGAAACUUUUAAGACUCUAGGCUCUCAGAUCCACCCCCACUGGCCUCUUCUGCUGGUUAAGAAUCGUUUGCUUCCAUUUCCAGCAUCAGUGGAGGCACCUGAGACCUGUUGCUGCUGUUUAUAGACCCAUGGAAGAUGGGAGUAGGAGUCUGAGACAUGGCUCUUCAUUUUCCUUCUGAAUCAAAAAUUGUCUGAGAAUAUUUCCCUGUGCUUACAGAGGCACACGACUCAGUACCUGGCCCCUCAGUGCCCCCUGAAGGCAGCAGAGGCUGACAGCCAGUUGUCUAGCAGGCGAUAGAUGUUAUUUUCAAGGUGCAGGACAUGCUGACACCAUCCAGACAAAGACUGGGUGUGCGCCCAGACAGGUGGGAAGUCAUGCUGUGCUCAGAAUAACAAGGUAAAGGGAAAACAUCAGAGGUAUUUAGUAGGCUUGUUCUAACAGCAAAUGACAAACCCAGCUAGCAAAAAUAAAGUGUGGAGAAAGAUGUGGAGUUAAUUACCGUCAUCUUGCAGAAGGCACAUCUGCCUUCGUCUGCUGUGCUGGCUCUUGACGUAAUAGAGCCUCAGCUGCUCAACUGGUGAUCCUGCAGUCCCAAGAAUUGUGCCACCCUCCCUCCACAGAGUGUGUCAGGCAGAGAGCAAGCACUGGCUCACUUCCUAUCCUGCCCUCUCUGACUUGACCCAGGCUUCUAAUGACAAGGAUGCACAUGGCUGUCCUGGGUUUCCCCUGCAUUUGGAAGGGUCUCAAUUGAGCAGGAUCUGCCUGGAAUUACGUCCUGACAGUUCUACAAAUUAGGAGCUGUUCCAUACUGAGUUCAUCUUUGAUUAAUGAGGACUUCCAGAAGAGAGUCUAGAAUCAGAAUGUAAAACAGACCUGGCACAGACCAACCCCAUCUUAGGGGUUCAUCUCCAAGAGAACCACACUGUGGAAGGGUGAAUGCACAAGAUGUCCACUGCUGCCAGGCAUGGUAGUACAUGCCUGUAAUCCCAGCUAUGCAGGAGGAAGUUAGGAAGAUUGCCGUCCAAGGUUGACCCUGGCAAAAUCAUGAGACUAUCUGAAAAAUAAACUAAGGCAAAAAGGGCUGUGAGUGUGGCUCAAGUGGUAGAGUGCCUGCCUGCCAACUGCAAGGUAGUAUUGCCAAAAAAAAAAAAUUGCACUUCGCUAUAUAAUCUAGAAUUUUAUAGUUGGGAAAAAUACUUAUCAGUAGGGGAAAAGUUAAUUUUGGUUUGUACACGCAGUGAAAUGUUACACAACCACUACAGUGAUGGAAAGGUAGACGUUCUGCCGUGGAGCACUAUUCGCAGUGGAUCUAAUCGGAAGAAAAUUGAGUUCUCGAUCUGUUUGUGUGGGAUCGUACCACAUAAGGCUCCGUGUGUACAGACGUAUCUAUAGUGUCUGCGUGUGCGGAUUUAUGAGUGUAGCAUGUGUCUGCAUAGAUGUACAGUUGACCACUCCCCCCUCCUAGAAGUGCUUUCUGCACUUAGCUUUUAGAAUGCCGCAGUGCCUGACUGCACCUCCCAAGGGCUCAGGGCUCAGUUGUUUGCAGACCUGGUCUCUGUCUGACUCAUUCCCUCGGAGUCUCCUAGCUUCAUGGGUCACACCAUCUGUAUGCUGCCAACCCCCAGUUUGCAUCCAGGUUGGGCCCUAUCCCUGUCUUCAGACCCCGUAUCCAGCCUCAUGCUGACAUCACAAACUUAAAUCCACGGAAAGUCAGGCUCCCAAGCCUGACCUGACCUCCAGCUCACUCCUGCUGAAGUUCUUUGUGAUCCAGGAAAAGACAGCUCCAUUUCCAGUUGCUCAGGUCAAAUCCACUGACUUAGUUCUCACCCAUACC